AUGCAUCGCAUCCGUGACUCCUUAUUGAGCCCCUCGCCAAAGGGCUUCCCCUACAUCGGCGAGUUAGACAGCAUUUCUCAUGAUCAACAGGAUGUGCGGCUAAGCCUCGCUCGGGGUGAAUUCGAAGAGGUCCGGGGAGCAGCCUUCUACAAUCGCACCGGGAUCGUCACCAACAGAUACUGCAACAGUGGAGACGGGGUAGAUUCCCUCGAGGGGUACACUCGUAAUAUUUGGUACUCGUACUUUCAGCUCAGCCUCCAUGCGUCGCCUGAGACUCCCGAGCACGAUCAUCUAGUCCUCGAUAUCCUCCGAAUCCAGGGAAUGGGGCCAUUGACUAGGCCCGUGAGGGGGCAUUUCGGGAUCGAUAUCGCACGAAUGACGGAAGGCACAGUGUGGAAUGACCUGCCGUUCUUGGUCACCGACAUGACUGACUUCUGGAUCAACAACUGUCGACCACUUUCGGGCACCCAGCGCCUGAACUUUGCCUCUUACCUCGCCAAGCUGGCAUCAACCCGCGUCUGCAAGGACAGAAUGUGCCAGGUCGCGCUUAUCAUUUUCCGCUGCACGUUCGAGGAGAGAAAAGAGCUUCGCACCAACGAAGACAAGGAUGAAAAAAAUCCACGACGGAGCAUGUGGUCACUCAACAUUAUGCACUUGUUGCCCGCAGCCCAUGCGUGGCUCAAGGAGGCAUCUCACAAUCUCAUGCAACUCUCGGAAGUUUCGUGGAAUGACUGCCCUAGCACAAUUGGUCAGGGUGGCCCUUGCUUCCUAGAUUCGGAGUUGGGAAAGCGAUCACCCACCGGAUUCAGACCGUGGAGAUGGAUUUACUGGCUCAAGCGACUCCACGAAAUUCGGGAGGCGGCAAAAGACGCUAGCCAGAAACAUCUGGAAGGGUUGGCCACCGAGGCCAUUGAAUUCAUGCCAAGCGGGGCACAAGCACUAAACUCUGAUAUUGUGAUGGUUUUCAAAACUGCCGGGCAUCUCAUUUAUGAAGAUAAACAUCUGUUACCUCUGAAAAAGCUUGCGGAAGGCGAAGAACCUUUCCCCCCGCACUUCAUAGAUGGCGACGAGAGCGAGGAAGGCGAGGAGACCAAAAAGACAGAGGAGAUCAACCAUGGCAACUAA